ACUGGAACGUCAAUAGCGCUUCCCUAUUUUGAAUUUAACGUCAGAAGUAAAGAGACUUGGUUAUGAAUUUUAUUAGGGAAAAACCUGGCACAUUUCAACAGGUAUAGCAACAUUUCAUGUAAGUUCGUUCAGCGGAUAUGCGGUGAUGCGAUGAGCAACCAAUGAAAAUAACAGAAAAUUCAGAACAAUUACGAAUGUACUUGAAGUCAUUAUUUAUUAUGUUUGUAUGCAUUUUUUACAUUUAAUAAUUUUAAAGUACAUUGUAUCAAGUUUUAUUUUUUGAGUUAAUAUUAUAUCUAACGUUUUUGUCUGGAUAUUUGGAUCAAAGUUUCGAAGAAUGAGAUGAAUAUAUUUGAACAUGAGCGAAUUAUUCGCAUAUCAAUAGUCUGACGUUUAAAGGUGAAUCAUACUUUAUUCACUAAUCAGAGAAAUAUUUUGCGAUGAAAUUGUGGUACAUUGAAGCAGUCACUUCCAUAGCAAUUCUUUUCGUCAUCAUUUUAAUACUGUCCCUCAAAUACUGCCUAAACUGGAGGAUUGAACGAAUAUUCCUUGCAAUAUUGCUUUUACUAUGGUCGUCAGAAGUCUGCUUGGUAGACUGCAAAGUCAUUUGUUUAAAAUGUUCAUAUCUAUUCAUGUUCACUAUACUGGAAGGUUUACUGAUGAUUAUUAUAUUCUUCAUGAGAAGAAGAUUGAAAAUAAUUGUGGCUAUCGUACUGGCGGUUUUAUCGAUGAUUUGUGCGGUAUUUUUGGUGGUUUUGACGUUCAUACCUUGGUAUGAGGACCUGUGCAAAAUGAUGGCUGGCGGCUUUCUCAAUACCUCCAUGUGUUUGAUGAUAGUGGUUGCUGCGAACCAGCUCAAAUCAGUUUGAGAUCAUACAUCCAC